AUGUCGCCGUCGGCAGCUUUCCUUGCUGGACAUCUGUGCAACCGCCACAUGGUUAUCACCAUUAACCUUUGUAUCCCAUUACGCACUCGACGUUCGGGCUUGUACCACAAUCCCACCCAGCCUUCUCCGCUGCUGGCAUCUCUCGGUCACUUGCCUUAUUUCGUCGAGACUUACAAGUAUCGGUCAAAGGAACUGAGUUGGAGGACAGUGACUCUUGAGCAUGCAACCAACAGUGCCAAAGUGAUCGGAAAAGAGAUGUUAAAUAUGUUUCACACAAUGAAAUUGAAUAUAUCUGAUAUGAGAGGGGUUGGAAUUCAAGUACAUCAGUUAGUUCCAGUUAAUAAAACAAGUUCAACAGUUUCCUCUUGCUCAUCAGUACAGUCUGGAUUCUUGCCUGGUGGUUCCAGUUCUAUUAUCAAUCUUUUGCAAGUUCCAAAAGCUACAAAAAACUCAGAAGAACAACACAAGGAAGCGGCUGCUGUGGAUCUUGAAAUACCUUCUGCAUCAAAAGCAUGUACAGUGCUACCACCUCACCCGACAUCUAAUGUCAAUCAUGUUACCAGCAAAUCUGAGCCUGCAGUCAGUUGGAAUGGUCUGCACACGCCUAUCAGUCUAAAGCCAAGACUUAAUUUAAGUAUUGAGGUUCCAUCAGCUUCCCAGCUGGAUCGUUCUGUCUUAGAAGCGCUUCCCCCUGAUCUCCGAGAACAAGUAGAACAAAUGUGUUCUGUUCAACACACAGAGGUUUGCAGUAGUAGCAAAAAAGAACCAGUAAAUGGAUGCAGUGCCAGCUUUCCAACACAGCCAGUUGGAGCUGUUCUCUUACAAAUACCAGAUGUCCAAGAAUCGAGCAGUGAUGCAGGAAUUAAUGUAAUAGCACUACCAGCGUUUUCACAGGUGGACCCUGAAGUUUUUGCUGCGCUGCCUUCAGAGCUGCAAGAGGAGCUCAGACAGGCAUAUGAUCAAAGGCAAAAACAUAUAGAAAUGAUUUUCCAGCAGUCUGCAAAUACCUUGGUGUCAAAGAAUCCUUUAGUAAACUUGAGACCAGUUAUGAAAAAUAAGAAAAAAAGCAAGAAAAAACUCCAAACCAGCCCAGUAAAAAAGAGCCACAGUCCUUUGAAAAACAAACUCUUUGGGAGCCCCACAAAGAAUGCAGCUAUUUCUGUUGGAAGCCCACAGAAAUUAAUAGAUGACUUCCUAAAACAGGAAGGAGCAACCACUGACAAAUCUCAGGUGGAAUUAGUACAAAGCACUGUGAAUACUUCAGGCCCUUCCAUUUCACAGCCACACUUACCUUCUGUUACUAGGCCGCAGGUCCCUAAUUUAGCUGGAGCUGUUGAGUUCAAUGAUGUAAAGGCCUUACUCAAGGAAUGGAUUACAACCAUAUCAGAUCCCAUGGAGGAAGACAUCCUACAAGUUGUGAAAUAUUGUACUGAUCUGAUAGAAGAAAAAGAUUUGGAGAGGUUGGAUUUGGUUAUAAAGUAUAUGAAAAGGUUAAUGCAGCAGUCGGUGGAAUCUGUGUGGAACAUGGCAUUUGACUUCAUUCUUGACAAUGUUCAGGUGGUUUUGCAACAAACUUAUGGAAGCACAUUAAAAGUUAUCUGA